AUGGUCAGAGUUACAGGGCUUGUUCGCCAUGUCGUGGCCGCGCUGUAUUUGUGCAGCGCUUCGUUGUCUGGAAAAACCCUGGAAAGAACCGGACUUGAAAUAAAAUGCGGAGAGGUCCAAAUAAAAAUCACAGUAAAGCGACGGUUUUUCGACGAGAGGCGGAUCCCGUUCAGACGCGAGUAUCUGCAACUUGGAGCAAACUCAACACGGGAGCCAUGGUGUGGACCGAGCGAACAAAUGUCUGACCGCGAUGCACUGGUCAUCUCAGCAGGGCUUCAGGACUGUGGCACUGUGUCCAGUGUUCAUGUUGAGUGGCUUGUAUAUUCCAACCAGCUAUUACUAUUUCCUGCUUUGGCUUCUACCUCCUCGGGUAGUGUAAUUAUUAGAGGACCAACAACUGUCAUACCUGUUGAGUGCCGGUUUAAGAGGAAGCAGAUAGUGAGUGCACAACCAUUAACUCCAACGUGGCUACCCAUGACAUCCACAAUCAGUGUGUUUGGCCUCCUGCACUUUUCCCUUCGUACUGUGGAAGAUGACUGUACCUCUCUACGUAGUACCUCAGUUUACCAGCAGGGGGAAGCAGUGUUUCUGGAGGCCAGUGUGGAAGCUCCAUUGCACCGUCCACUGACUGUGUUUGUGGACCACUGUGUCGCUACACUGAAGCCUGACCCUCGCUCCACGCCCAGCUACGAAUUUAUCACCCGACAAGGAUGUCUCGUGGACAGCGUGUUACCGGGGUCAUCGUCGAAAUUCCUCCGUAGGCAGCAGGAUAACAGGUUAUGCUUCAGCGUCAAAGCCUUCCACUUCAAGCAGGAGUCUGUGGAGCAGAUGUUCAUCAGCUGCCACCUGAGGGCCACACUGAAACAAAAAUCUCAGAGUCAUCUGAAUAAAGCCUGUUUCUUCCACAGGGCCACAUUCAGCUGGCGUGCCACAGAGGGAGACGAUGCUCUGUGUGAGUGCUGUGACUCUGAUGACUGCGCAAGACACAAUGUAGAGGAGAGCAGUGGCCACACUGUGCACACGACUCAAUCAGAUACAGAAAAUAAUCAUGAGGGUGACACAACAGUUGGGCCACUUCAUGUCCUGCAACACCACUGGACAGGUCGUCUGUCAGUCAGUUACUAAAGAAGCUUUUCCCAACCGUACAGAAACUGCUGAGUUCAAGCCCAAGGGAGUUUUCCAAUAAAGCAUUUAUCUCACA